UGUUUGCAACUUCUUUCUUCACAAGAAGUGUGCUGAGCUACCCCCAGAGAGCAAUCGGCACUUGCAUCCAAAACACACACUUCGUCUACUGCUGUGUCUUUUGAGAGAGCCAGAGACAUGGAGGUUGAACAUUUUAGCCACCCAGAUCAUCCAUUGAUCCUCAUUAAUAAAGUUCACGAAUAUAGUUGUGAACUAGUUAUUUGCUCUGGAUGCGAGGGACCUAUAUGGGGUCCUUGCUACAGUUGCACCUCUUGUUACUUCUUUCUUCACAAGAAAUGCACCGAGCUGCCCCGUGAGAUCAAGCGGCGCAUUCAUCGUAGACACCCUCUCCAUCUACUGGCAAAGUCACCAUAUGGAGGAGAAUGCUAUUGUAAUCGGUGCGUCAAAACUUGCAACAGUUUUGUUUACCAUUGUUCUUCCUGUGAAUUUGAUCUUGAUAUCAAAUGUGCUUUUCAACCGGGUUUUUUGGAAGUUGAUAGUCAGGCCCCUCAAUUUUCCCACAAGGAUCAUCCAUUGAUUUUGAAUGAAGAGCAAGAAUAUCAUGGUGAAGGAGUAAAGUGCUCCGUGUGCAAGGAACCAAUGUCGGGUCCUAGCUAUAGUUGCACUCCUUGCAACUUCUUUCUUCACAAGAAGUGUGCUGAGCUACCCCCGGAGAUCAAGAGGCACAUUCAUCCAGAACACCCUCUUCGUCUACUGCCAAAUCAUGAUACGAUGCGUGAUUUUUGCAACGAAACUUGCUAUGAGAGUUUUGUUUACUGCUGUUUUGUGUGUGAAUUCAACCUCCAUAUCAAAUGUGCUUUUCCACCGUGCGUUUAUGCAGCUGAUCAGGAUCAAAGGCAUCGAUUUAGACGCCUCCUGAAUCCACUUUCAUUAAAAUCAAUCUCCUUUCACUUGCAAUGCAUGUGGCACAGAUGGAGAUGACUCCCCAUUGGGUGCACUAUGUGCCACCUCGUGGUCCACAAAAAAAUGUAUUUCAUUGCCACGCACCCUUAAAACGGUACCGCACCACCAUCCCCAAAUCAUCCACACCUAUCAUCUUCAACAAUAGAUCAAAUCUUUAAAGAAGUACUGUGGAAUUUGCUGUCGGGAAGUUGACACAGAAUACGGAGUUUACUAUUGCCCGGACUGUGACUUUGUUGCACACGUGGAUUGUAGUAGAGAAUAUGGCGAUUCUUGAACAGAGAUUGUUGAGAAUUUUGAUAUUUAUUACAAACUUGAAAUCUUUUUAUGAUGAAAUAAUUUCAGAUACAAUUCAAGAUACAUAAGAGUAAUAAUAGAAGGAGAAUUUAGUAA